GACAGUAUUGCUGGAAUGAGAGCCGAGAGGUUACUCCGGCACUGUCCCCAAGAAAUCGUCCUGACAGUGCUGUCACUCCUACUACAACAAGCUUGUUACUUGUCUUGACACUGAAAUCAGGGAUCGGUUCUUUUCGAUUAAAUAAGGGUAUUGUUUGUUUGGAAUGCGGGGCCUGAACAAUGAACGUGUUACACAGUUUCUGUCGUUGCAUUUGUGCACAUUCAUACGCCAACUUGAUUUAGCUCAGGAUAAUGUUCUCUAUGAGUUUGAGUGAAGUGCUUCUCGGAGUAUUAGCAACGAUUACUCCUAACAACUAGGGGGAUGUCUUCACCGGUAGUACUGGUUAGAAGUUUCAUCGGUUUCUAGAUGGGGCUUUAGCCUCAGCUAGCCAGUAAGAAUCUAGGUAAGGCUGAGAUUGCUAAUACGAGAAUGUCUGAAGAAGCAGUGGAAGGCUUCACUGUGUUGGCCAAGGCCUUGGCUGACCAGGGUAUCCAAUACAUGUUUGGGAUUGUAGGCAUUCCAGUUAUAGAGGUGGCUGUUGCAGCUCAGCAGGUUGGGAUCAAGUAUGUUGGGAUGCGCAAUGAACAAGCUGCAUGUUAUGCCGCACAAGCCAUUGGAUACCUAACAGGGAGACCUGGUGUAUGUUUGGCAGUAUCGGGUCCAGGUGUUUUGCACACCAUAGGAGGCUUAGCAAAUGCUCAGAGUAACUGUUGGCCACUCUUGGUCAUUGGUGGCUCAAGUGAUGAGGAUCAAGAAGGAAUGGGAGCCUUCCAGGAGUGCCCGCAGGUUGAGGCAUGUCGUCUUUUCUGCAAAUAUUCUGCGCGGCCCCCAAGCAUUGAAUUGAUUCCCUACCAUGUUGCAAAGGCCAUUAAGAAUGCCACCCAUGGCAGACCAGGAGCGGCCUACCUUGAUCUGCCUGGGAGCCUCUUGUCUGGAUCAGUGGAUGAGUCCCUUGUGCAACCCUUUCCAAGAUGUCCUCCACCCCCAACAUCUCUUGCUCCACCUCAAGCCAUCUCAAAGGCAGUAUCAUUGCUUGCCGGAGCCAGCCGGCCACUGGUGGUGGUAGGAAAAGGAGCAGCUUAUGGUGAAGCAGAGGAACAAGUGAACCAGUUCAUAGAAAAAAGUGGCCUUCCUUUUCUUCCAACACCAAUGGGAAAAGGUGUAUUGCCUGACAAUCACCCCCAGUGUGUGGCCCCGGCUCGUUCCCGGGCACUCCUACAGGCUGAUGUGGUGCUACUCCUUGGUGCAAGACUCAACUGGAUCCUCCACUUUGGUCGCCCACCUCGUUAUGCUCAUAACGUGAAAUUUAUACAAGUAGAUAUAUGUCCUGAAGAAUUUCAUAACAGUGUGCAAGGAAGUGUUUGUCUACUAGGGGAUGUAAAAGAGAUUUGUAGACAAUUGGUUAAAGCUACACCAGACAUCCUUCAUCCAUCACAUUCCUCGUGGUGGAAUGCCCUUCGUGAGAAGAUGCAAGCCAACAGUGCUGUCAACAAUAAAAUGGCUCUUGAUACAUCUGUGCCCUUGAACUACUAUGCAGUAUUUCACCACUUACACCAACUUCUUCCUGGAGAUUGUGUCAUUGUCAGUGAAGGAGCUAAUACCAUGGACAUAGGACGCACUAUGUUACUCAACAGCUAUCCCCGCCAUAGACUGGAUGCUGGAACCUUUGGUACUAUGGGUGUUGGAUUGGGUUAUGCCAUUGCUGCAGCACUCUGGGCCCGUGACCAUGCCCCAAGAAAAAGGAUUGUGUGUGUGGAAGGAGACUCAGCGUUUGGCUUUAGUGGAAUGGAAUUGGAGACUAUAUAUCGUUACAAGCUUCCCAUCAUUAUUGUCAUUGUGAAUAAUAAUGGAAUAUAUGGUGGUCUGUCAGAAGAGCUGUUCAAUGACAUUCGUGAAGGGACAGAUCCUACCAUCUCCACACCACCAAGCUCACUGCUACCCCAGGCCCAUUAUGAGCGAAUGGCUGCUGUGUUUGGUGAUAUUGGACAUUUCUGCACCACAAUUCCACAACUUGAGAAAGCAGUAAGCCAAGCCCUCAGUAAUGAUAGCAAACCUUCUCUCAUUAACGUCAUGAUCAAUCCAAUGGCUCAGCGAAAAUCUCAAGACUUUGACUGGCUAACACGUUCAAAGUUGUAAAUAGAUUGUUUUAUGUGGGUUUUAGGUUUUCUCAUUUAUUACUGAUGGGAAAAAAGCAUGUAUGUACAUUUACUUUGUUAUCAGUGGUAUGUUCAAGUGAAUUCAUAGCAAAUUGUAUAUCUUAAUUGUAGGGAGAGAAAAUAAACACAGAUUCUUAUACAAGAAAUCCAUAAUAAACAAAAAUAAAUAUAAACACUGACCA